AUGGGCAUCUGCCACGCGCACGCCUGCGCGGGCGAUGCCCUCACGUGUGCUCCUCUCGUCUCGAGCACUCUCUCCGCCUCGCGUUCGAAUUCACGGCGCGACGAGAACGCCAAUCGGCUCGACCGCAUCGGCUUGCAGCUGUUUACCGAGGUCGACCGCCGACUACUGCUGCACUGUCAGUAUCUCUAUCACUCCUCCUUCCUGUCGACAUACUGCGUGUCACUCUGCGCCAUCUCGACCUCGACUCGCACGCCUGACGCCGCCAGGCGUCGAAUCUUCUUCAUCUCGGACCCGCGCUACGUCGACGAGCAGCAGCUGGUCCUGAGCAGCCUCGCACCACCGCCUCCUUCGCUCGGACGCCGACCGCCACUUUCUCCCUCUUAA